UAUAUAUAUAUAUAUAUAUAUAUAGAGAUAUAUUUAUUUAUUUGAUAUGCCAUAUCAAAUCUUACCUGCUGCUUCUACUCGUAAUACAUGUCCAUCGAAAACACGACAUCAAAAAAAUGAUGUUUCUCAGUUACUAGUUUCUCUUCAAGCCAGACUCGGGUUUGCUCAAUUCAAAAUGAAGCAAGGCUGGGAAACAUCAACUCUAUUAGACGUAGAACAACUCUGGAAACAAAAACAACAGAAACUUAUCAGUGAAUUACCUAAGCCAAGAUUCACUCAGAGAGACAUCAUUGAUAAAAAGAUCUUCAUGCCUUCUCCUGGAGCUAAACACCAAGCCAAAAAAGCAAGGCUAGUACGGACUUAUUCUUUUCCUACUGAAAAGAAGAAACCAAUACGACAACAACAGCAACCACCACCACCUCAAUCACCCGAUACAUCUUCAUUAUCUUCUUUAAUAGAAGAGGAAGAAGAAGUUUUUCAUUGUCCUUCACCUCCUUUACGUCUCCGAAAUUCAUUAGAUUAUUUAUCUUAUGCCAUUGCCAUGACUGAACAACAACAGCCCUCAUCCUCUUCUCAACCAUUACCUGAUGUCAGUGAAGUUGAGCCUCAUUUGACAGAAGAAGAAGACUAUACCAUAGUGGAACAAGCAAACAGCCCGCCAUCAUCCCCCGUCACUUCAGCUGCUAAAGCCAUCAUGAUGUUUGUAAAUAAUAAUCAACCACCACAGCACUAAAGGAUUUUCCUUUUUCUUCUUUAAUGUAAAUGUACACAAUCUCUUUAUCACUAGCAUGUCUCUCUUUUUUUCUCUCUAAAUAAACUCUUGAUAUAUAUAUAUAUAUAUAUUCUUUCUUU